AUGUCAACGCCGGCGCUCCUGUCCGCACUGCAAGGCGCCGGCCGGCAGCAGAUCACGGCUUCCACCGUCCGCUCCCACGUCUUCAGGAUCGAAGGGUUCGCGCAAGUCUUGGAGAAGGCGGCCAAUGGCGAGGAGGUCAAAUCAGACAUGUUCAGCGUCGGCGGCCACGACUGGUACAUCGUGUGCUACCCAAACGGCGAUGUGAAAGAGUCCGAGGGCCAUAUCUCCCUCUUCCUCCGGCACGCAAGCCACGCCAAAACUGGCGACGCCACAACAACCAUCAUGCUGAGCAUACGCGACAAGUUAAUGAAGCCGUCAUGCAGUAAAGUAGGGGAUUACCACUUUUACGGUAACACUGGUUGGGGCUGGAAAAAAUUCAUCAAACACCAAGAUCUGAACAAGGAAGAGCUCCUAAAGGACGACUGCCUGUCCAUCCUUUGCCACCCCACCGUCGCCGAGUACGCCGAUGAGCAGAUCACCGCGUCCAUGGUGUCAACACCAGGACCAGUCCAGCAGCAGGCCACGGGCUCCCACGUCUUCAGGAUCCAAGAAUUCACGCAAGUCAGGAAGAAGGUGGCCAAUGGCGAGGAGGUCUUCUCAUGCACGUUCAGCGUCGGUGGUCACGACUGGUAUAUCUCCCUCUACCCAAACGGGGAAACAGAGGAGGCCGACGGCUAUAUCUCCCUCUUCCUCCGGCACCACAGCCACGUCACGACCGGUCGAGCCACGGCAACAUACACGAUGAGCAUACUCGACAAGGCCUGCAAGCCAUCUUGCACUCAAAUAAUAGAAGGUCACUGCUUCACGAGCCAAGGUUGGGGCUGGGUAAAAUUCAUGAAACUUGAAGAUCUGAACAAGGAGGAGCACCUCAAGGAUGACUGUCUAUCCGUCCUAUGCGAUGUCACCGUCGAGUAUACCCAGGACCAUGAGGCCGCUGCGGUCUCGCCCAUCAUGUCAACACCAAGGCUCUUGUGCGCCCUGAGUGACACAGGCCGGCAGCAGAUCACGGCCUCCACCGUGGCCGCGAGGCAGGCCACGGGCUCCCAUGUCUUCAGAAUUGAAGGGUUCACGCGACUCAGGGAGAAGGUGGUCAAUGGCUCCCCCGUCACAUCAAGACCGUUCCACGUCAGUGGAUAUGAUUGGCUUAUCCAGUGCUACCCAAACGGCUACAAGAAGAAAUCCAAGGGUUGUAUCUCCCUCUACCUCCUCCGGCAAGACAGCCACGCUAAGACCGACGUUGUUAUGGCAUCGUACAAGAUGAGCAUACUCAACACCUGCUGGAAGCCAUCGUGUACUCGUACCUCGUUAGAAGAAGAGCACUACACGAACAAUGCUUUGGGCUGGGAAGAAUUCAUGAAACACGAAAAUCUGGACAAGGAGAAGCACCUCAAGGACGACUGCCUGUACAUCCUCUGCGACGUCUCCGUUGACCUCGGACUGCACACCGGCGAUUACAACGAUGAGAUUGCUGCAGCGGAGGAGACCAAGCCGGCGCCGUCUGAACUCGAAGAGGCCAUCUGGAAUAAGCAGGCAUCAGACGUCAAGACUAAUGUCAGUGCACACAGGUGGCUGAGGUUGAUCUGUUGGCCCUUUCAAGAUUAA